UAGUAUGGCAAAUGACUACACUGAAGAACCACCAUCCAACGUGACGUCAGAGGAUGAGGAACAUAUCUAUGAACAUAUUUAUGAAACUCUGGUGUCUUCUGACAAACCACAGCCGAAUCACCAAAUGGCCCUGGAUGAGCUCAUCACUACAGAGGCUAACUAUGUGCACAGCCUUCAGCUCUGCAUUUUUGACAUCCGUGAUCACCUCCAGAAAAAACAGCUGCCUGAAAUUGACCUGGAAGGAUUGUUCUCUAAUAUAGACGAUGUCCUGCAGGUUUCGAAACGUUUGUUGAAAGGACUUGAAACUUCUGUGAACCAGGGGCAGGAACAACUUUUUCAUAUCAGCACUUUAUUUCAAGAGCUCAAAGAAGAAAUGGAGAAUGUCUAUAAAAUUUAUUGUGGAGACUAUGACCAAGCUCUUUUACUGUUGGAUAUUUAUAGUAAGGAGCCAAGAUUGCAAAAAGAAAUCAUGGAAACUUUGACUACCACUGUGCCUCACACUGGUGCUUCGAACCUGAGCUUCUUCCUGGUGAUGCCAGUGCAACGAAUCACAAAAUACCCACUGUUGUUGCAGAAGAUUGUGGAAAACACUUCAGACUCUGACAGUGGCUAUGGAGCCCUGCAGGCUGCAGCCACUGCUAUGACAGAUGUCAAUGCCAAUAUCAAUGAAUAUAAAAGGCGGAAGGAAAUAGCAGAUAAAUAUAACAAAGCUGGGUAUCUGACUCUGCGAGAACGUCUGGCCCGUAUCAAUACCCACUCCAUUGCCAAGAAGACUGCACGGUUGAGCCGCCUCUUCAUGCACGAAACUGGGAUUGUGACCAAGACAGAGGAUAAAGAGUUUGAUAAACUGGAAGAAAAGUUUCAGUCAUUGGCAUCAACUAUAAUUGAUCUGAAAGAGAAUGUGGCCUGCUUUCUAGACAACACAGAGAUGUUUCUUAGUUUCAAACCACAUGAAGAUGAAUUGGAUAUAGAAACAUACAUUACCCAACCAUAUUGUUCCCUUGCAAAAAAGCUUCACAGCACCAUCUUUCCUGUCUAUAAGCAGAGGCUGGAGCACCUGGUAUAUAAGCCGCUGUGCAACUUGUCAGAGACUCUGAAGGGACCCCAGAAUCUGAUCAAGAAGCGAUCGGAUAAGCUGCUCGACUAUGAGGAAUAUGAGGAGAAGAGGAAUGAGACGGGCAGUGUGACCUAUGAGGAGGAGGCUAUGAUGAAUACCUAUCUUGGCAUUAACUCCUUGCUUGUAUCUGAGCUUCCUACAUUCAACCAGGUGGCCCUGAAGUGGCUGACCUGCAUCCUGUGUUCUUUCGUGACUCUUCAGAGGGAUCUGGCCAAGCAAGUCCUCCAAGAGGCAGAAGGGGAGAUUCUCCAGCUGCCCCAUAGACAUCUCUCUGCAACUGAAUUUUGGAAAAUGGUAAUGGAUACUUUAAAACAGGCAGAAGAUCAGCUGUACUUUCUCCAGGAGAAGUUUGAUACUCUUUUGCCAAACCCCGCUGUGCAGCCUCUUAGCUCUGCAGAGGAGAAGAAGGUCCUUUUGCUUCUGAACAAACAUGGCCCAGAUAAGUUGUACCAGGUGACAAGCGACACCGGUGGCUGCAAAGACAUGGACUUGACUCUGCAGAGAGGGCAGAUAGUGGCUUUUUUGCAUGGCAUGGACUCCAAGGGCAACACAAACCGAUGGCUGGUUGAUUCAGGAGGUCCAAGGGGCUACAUUUCACCUGGAAAGCUACAACGGUACCAUUACGCCCCCAGCUCAAAGCCCAGAACAACAACGGUGCCCCAGGGCAAUACUGCUGGGAAAAUGCCUCCUCCUUACAACUUACCCCAAACUCCCAAUCCCCCAGCGUACUUCAGCACUCCAGUUUUACAGGUAAGUGCUGCUUAUCCCUUCACAGCCAGGAGCAACCAGGAAGUCAGUCUGCAAGCAGGCCAAUCAGUGACUGUGCUGGAACCUCAUGAUAAAAAGGGAAGCAACGAAUGGUUCUUAGUGGAAGUGAAUGGACAGAAGGGCUACGUGCCUUCCAACCACCUGGCCAUGUUACCCCCGCGACCACCUGGAUGGGUUUGGCCAUUUCCAGCUCAGUAAAUGCAACUGUUAAGAGAUGCUUGGUUUAGAAGUCAGCUACGUUUUCAUUGCCUCUUUUUCCCUUUUUCUUUCAUGACAUUCAAUGGGCAAAGAGGCUGACAAUGAGGCUAGGAGUCCUCUGGAAUAUUGUGAGUUUCAGUUUCAGAAAAUCAGAAUGAAUUUGUGCCAUAUUUAUUGAAAAAUAUAUAUAUGAAGGAAUGUAGGUACAUAAGCUACUUAUAAUUUUGAUGGUAUUUCUUGAUCUAAAGCUGACAAGGGAUCUUCCAAAUAUUGGAAAAGAAGGGUUCCUGUGGUAAUCUAGGAUAAUUACUGCACCUUCAGCAUUACAAAUAGUCCUCAUUCAGUGAUCUCAUUUGGGACCCACAACUCAGUAUUAUGUGAAGUGUUUGCUAAGUGAACCCACAACUGUGCUUACAAUCUUAAUUCAGCUUUCCUUUACAAACCUGUAAAUGUCACAAAGCUACUUUUACAGUACCGUCAUAACUAUGAAUUGUUGCUAAAUGAGAUUUGAUGUAUUUGAUCAAUACAUGGUCUCAAACCAAAGAUUUCUGAAGAACACAUACGUGUAACUGUGCUUAGUGCAACAAGGGCUGAGAAGGGAAUUUGUCUCUUCCUAACUAAUUCCAGAAUAUCCAUCUCAAUCAGUUAGCAACCCAUCGUGACAAAGAAGCUGGGUUCCUGCCAGUUCUAGCCUCUUCUAUAGAAGAGGUUCCACAAAUCUACAGUGCUGUUUAGAACUAGUU